GUUCUCGGUGGCGGCCCUGGGCUACUUGGCGGCGCUGUGGGCGGGCCUGGAGUCCAUGCAGACGCAGCUGGCCAACUUCCAACGCCUGGUGCCGCAGUACCCCUACUACUGGGAGAAGUUGCCCAAAUAUCCGCAGAGCGAGAUGUACCAGAAGGCUUUGGGGCAGCACUCGCUGCCUGCAGAGUAUUACUUCUUCCCCACGGACUUCGUGCUGCCGGACUGGUACCGCGGCAUCGACGGCAUGCCGAACCGCUGGAACGAGUCGGAGCUCGCGCGGCUCCACUGGGACGCCCUGGGCGCCUUCUCAGGGAGCGCGUGGAGGGCGGCGCCGGAGGCAGAGGGCUCGUGGCUGAUGGCCGCCUUCAGCACCGGACGGCUCGGAGGAGGCGGGCACGUGGUCCCAGCAGUCAGCAUGGUGAUUUGUUUCGUGCUGCUGGCAACUGGCCUGGCGCAGAUCUCCAAAAAGCGGCGACCGGAGCUCGCGGAUCCAGAGGUCCAAAAGGUGAAGCAACACCAGGAGGACAUGUCAAAGGAGGUCUAUGACCUGAGUCGGACCACCUCUGCUUUGCAGAAGCGAGAGGCGUGCCAGAGCCAGGACGAGAAGGAGAACGAGUCGGACAAGCUGCGUGCCGAGUUGACGGCCGUCGAAGAGGCCCGGAAGAAGGCUCGGAACUUCGGGGAAGAUCUGCUGGAGGACAUGAUGGCGCUGGACGAUCUCUCCGGCCUCUCCGAGGAGGACAGAAGUACCCGCAAGGCCGCCCUGGCCGGGCUCGAGGGCCUCCUGCAGGACGUGGACACAGCCAAGUCGCGGCUGGCCAUGCUGCAUAGGCAGCUGGAGGGGAAGCUGAAGAAGGCGGAUGAGAAGAAGCAAGCGGAGGAGCGCGCCCGCAAGGCCGAGGAGGAGAAGAGAGCGCAAGAGGCGGCAGCAGAGAAGGCAGCCGCAGAAGCUGCUGCGCCCCCUGAGGCUCCAGAGGAGGCUUUAGCCUCGGCGAGACGGCGGGCCAAAGAGGGCAAGGAGGCGGCGGCCUCGGCGUUGGAGCCGCCGGCGCCGGGGAAAGAGGUCUGGCAGCAGGUGCGUUUGCCGCUGCGCUUCCACUCCCGAGAGGAGCCGAGCAACUACGUGAUCUCCGCCACUGUUCCGGGGCUCGACCUGGACGACCUAAAGCUCGAGCUAGUGGACUCUUCCACGACUCUGCGGGUGGAGGGCCUGCGCCUGCCGUCCUCGAAGGAAGCGGCAACCAUGCGCAAGAGGAUCGCCGCCAAGAUCCGGCAAGUGGCCCAGCGGUCCCCCGAGAAGUUCGCGAUGAUGGUGAAGGCCCUCCCUCAGGUGGCCGCAGACGCGUAUCUCGAGCUGGGACAGGGCGAGUACGGCCGUUUUGCGGAGACCUUUCAGUUGCCCAGCGAUGUUGACGUGGAGAACAUCGAAGCUUCGUACACAGACGGAGUCCUGCGGAUCGUGCUGCCGAAAGUGCAGAGACCGUCGGCGACGGCGUUCAAUCCGCGGGCGCGAGGCCCGGCUCCGGCCCCGCGGCGGCCCAUGCACCCGGGCCUCG